UUCAUGUCAUUUACUCCAAAAGCAAGGUCCAGCUCCAAAGUGUUAUAGCCUUCAGUACUAAACAUGACUUGGUGAAAAAAUGGAAAAUGCCAAAGAUAUAUUGCAGGACGAUAGUUUCCCAAAGUCAGGACUGGAGAAGAGAGAAACUACCAAAAGAAUUAUCCCCAAAAGGAUAAUCCACUUUGCAAAUGGAGACACUAUAGAUGAAUAUAGCACAGAAGAAGAAGAUGAUGAGAAAGAAGAAUUAAAGAAUACUCCAACACUUGCUACUUCUAAACUUCCAUGGGGGCCAUACUUGCGAUUUUGGGCUGUACGAAUGACAAGCGCUACAUUUUCCACAUGCGACUUCCUUGGUGGAAAGUUAGCCACUUUGUUUGGACUUGAUGAACCCAAAUAUCAGUAUUUGUUAAAUGAAUACUACAGAACUCAAAAUCAGGAGAAGGAUAAGAAAGCUGAUGAAGAGGCCCAGUCAACAGAGGUCUCUGACGAAAAGCAGUGCUUGGAUAUCUAUGGCAAACAGUAUGGCACCAAUGAAUAGAAGACAAUGGUGGACUUUACUUCCUAGAGAACCUUAACAAAUAUGGAAAAGUGUCAGAAUCCAGUCCAAGACAGGAAGCAGCAGUCAGGGUUCCUUGUACUUCCUUUUCUUGAUCAUCAGUUGCUACAGCAACAGAACCCCAGGAAGUACUUGAUAACCUAUCAAAGGGUCUAAAAGUUUUUCCAGUUCCCAUUAUCAAAUAGCAGGUAGUUAUAGGUUACAAUCAGA